GGUGGGCAGUGCCCGGGUGCCGGUUGGGGACGGUUCGGCGGAACUCACCGACGCGCAGCCGGGCGGCGAUGCGCGGGGCUCCCGGGGCAGGCGGGGCGGCCGGAGGAGGCGAGCGGCGCGCCUGGCUGCGGAGGCGAGAGCUUUUCCCGGGCGCGUCGUGAGUUCGAGAGCGCCUUCCCCCCCUGCAAGCUAGGAACCGGCACUCGACUUGUGGCUUCUACAGAAGGAACUGGGCAUAUCAGCAAGAAGGAUGGGCUGUGUGAAAUCCAAGGAAUUCGGCCUGCCCAGCAAGGUCUGGAGAGCCAAUUCUACCUCCAGUCUUCACACUCAUUAUGUGAAAGAUCCCACAUCUGUGAGCCAUGGCAGCAAACCGGUAAGGAUGAUGCCGCCCCCCGGAACUGACGGAUCAGAGGACUUCAUAGUUGUGGCCCUUUAUGACUACGAAGCCAUCCAUAAAGAGGACCUCAGCUUCCAGAAGGGGGAACAUCUCAAGGUCCUUGAGGAGUCCGGCGAAUGGUGGAGAGCAAAGGCCCUGUCUUCGGGAAGAGAAGGCUACAUCCCCAGCAACUACGUUGCCCGAGUGAACUCGUUGGAGACGGAAGAGUGGUUUUUCAAAGGUGUCAACCGGAAAGAUGCCGAGAGGCAGCUGCUCGCUCCGGGGAACGUGAUUGGCUCCUUCAUGAUUCGAGACAGCGAGACGAGCAAAGGGAGCUACUCUCUGUCCGUGAGAGAUUUCGACAACCAGAACAAGCUGGAUGUUGUGAAACAUUACAAGAUCCGGACGCUGGACAGCGGCGGCUUCUACAUCUCCCCUCGCAACAGCUUCAGUACGCUCCAGGAGCUGGUCAGCCACUAUAAAGAACUGAGUGACGGACUGUGCCAAAAACUAUCUAACCCCUGCGUUGCGCCAAAGCCUCAGAAACCGUGGGAAAAAGAUGCCUGGGAAAUCCCCCGGGACUCAUUGAAGCUGGAGAAGAAGCUGGGAGCUGGGCAGUUUGGAGAAGUCUGGCUGGCUGUGUACAACAAGCACACAAAAGUCGCCGUGAAGACCAUGAAGCCAGGGAGCAUGUCUGUGGAAGCGUUCCUGGAAGAGGCCAACAUCAUGAAGACCCUGCAGCACGACAAGCUGGUGAAGCUGAAUGCCGUCGUGACCAAAGAGGAGCCCAUUUACAUCAUCACGGAAUUUAUGGAGAAAGGUAGCUUGCUGGAUUUUCUGAAAAGCGAUGAAGGUCACAGUCAGCCACUUCCAAAGCUAAUAGAUUUCUCCGCUCAGAUCGCGGAAGGCAUGGCUUAUAUUGAGGAGAAAAACUACAUCCAUCGGGAUCUGAGGGCGGCCAAUAUCCUAGUGUCUGGAAUGCUGGUGUGCAAGAUAGCCGAUUUCGGCUUGGCCAGAGUGAUCGAAGAUAACGAAUACACAGCCCGAGAAGGCGCCAAGUUUCCCAUCAAGUGGACAGCGCCCGAAGCCAUCAACUAUGGCUGCUUCACCAUAAAAUCUGAUGUCUGGUCCUUCGGGGUCCUUCUAAUGGAGAUCAUCACGUAUGGACGGACCCCGUAUCCAGGGAUGUCAACACAGGAAGUGAUGCGUGCCAUUGAGCGCGGCUACCGUAUGCCACCCACGGAAGGAUGUCCCAAGGAGCUCUAUGAAAUUAUGAUGCUGUGCUGGAAGAGCAAGCCGGAGGACCGCCCGACGUUUGAGUCCAACAAGAGCAUCCUGGAGGAUUUCUUCACUGCCACAGAAAGUCAAUACCAGCAACAGCCCUAGAGCUGCCCAGUCCUGCCCAAAGCUGUCAUGGUGGCUUCAAGAUUGCUGUGUGGUUUGGGUCAAAGUUGCCCUGUCUCAUGAACUUCCCUUGGGAAUCUUGUUGGGCACAACCAGAGACAGCUCUGUGUACAUAGAAUCCUUAAAAACCAGAUUCCAUCCCAAAUGA